AUGCCGACUGACUCGCACCAAAUAUUCAAGGCGACGUACAGUGGUAUUCCCGUCUACGAGAUGAUUGUCAAGGGCGUCGCGGUCAUGCGCCGCCGCUCCGAUUCUUGGUUGAACGCGACCCAAAUCCUCAAGGUCGCAGGGUUCGACAAGCCUCAGCGCACGCGCGUGCUCGAACGCGAGGUGCAGAAGGGUGAGCACGAGAAGGUGCAAGGCGGCUAUGGGAAGUACCAAGGUACCUGGAUUCCACUUUCCCGUGGCCUCGAACUCGCCAAGCAAUACAAUUGCGAACCCCAGCUUCGACCCAUCAUCGACUUUCAACCGGCCGCGAAGAGCCCACCACCUGCGCCAAAGCACAUUGUGGCCGCAAGCUCCGUCAAAAAGGGCAAGCCCAUCCCACCGGACGCUAUCAUUGUCGACGACAGUGACAUCGACAUGAUUCACAACAGCGACUCGGACAUAUCCAGGUCACCAACACCGUCCCUCCAGUCUUCUAGCUCUCGGUCACCUUCACCUGUGCAGCAUAGCCCCCCCGCUCGCCGAAGAGCAUCGCCCAAACGCAAGGUGCCUCGCCGUGCUGCAGCGGCUGCUGCAAGGGAGCCUACUUCCGAUGGCGAGACCUCCGCUGUCAAUGGUACAGGCAAGCCACGCCCGUAUGGAGAUCAGAUUUUGGAGUACUUUAUCUCGGACUCGAACCAGGUCCCCCCGAUCCUCAUGAACCCACCGGCCGACUUCGAUCCCAACAUGCCGAUUGACGACGAGGCACACACGGCGCUCCACUGGGCGUGCGCCAUGGGCCGCGUUCGCGUGGUCAAGUACCUGCUUCAGACUGGCGCGGACAUCUUCAAGGUGAACAAGACUGGCCAAACAGCGCUCAUGCGUAGCGUCAUGUUUGCGAACAACUACGACGUUCGCAAGUUUCCGGAGCUGUACGAGAUGCUGCACCGUUCGACACUCAAUAUCGACAACUUCAACCGCACCGUCUUCCAUCACAUCGUAGACGUCGCUAUGACAAAGGGGAAGGCGCACGCUGCACGGUACUACCUGGAAACUGUGCUGGAGCGACUCGCCGACUAUCCCCGCGAGCUGGCCGACAUCAUCAACUUUCAGGAUGAAGAUGGCGAGACCGCGUUAACCAUGGCUGCCCGGUGUCGGAGUAAGCGGCUUGUGAAAAUCCUCAUUGACCACGGUGCCGACCCGAAGAUCGCGAAUCGCGACGGCAAGAGUACCGAGGAUUACAUACUCGAGGACGAGCGUUUCCAGGCUUCCCCAGUGGUCUCUAAUCGUGCGCUCUCUAUGUCGCUGCGUGACGCGCAGCCGGGCGCGUCUAUAUCUACCUACGCGUUGGGCUCCGCAGGCGGCCCCGAGAAGAGCGCACUGCGCUACAGUAGCGCAGCACAAAGAGCAAGCACACGUUGCGUGGCCGAUAUGGCUAGUAUGCUGGAUAGCCUCGCUACUAGCUAUGAUCGCGAACUGCGCGACAAGGAUCGCGAUCUGAACCAAGCGCACGCGCUUCUCGCGAAUAUCCAAGCGGAGAUCCUUGAGAGCCAACGAACUGUCGGGUCGCUACGGGCGAGUGCGCAGGGUGUUGAGGAGAUCGUCGCCGUUCAACACCAGCUGCAAGGCGAGUUGAACGCGAAGGUAGCUCGAAGCGCUGGCUUGGGAUGGCAGAAGUGGCUAACAGAUGAGGAGAAACGCGAGGCAGACGUUCGCUCAGCGGGGAACGGAGUCCUCGUGCCGCCUCUGCGACUUGUCACGGGUGAGGAUGGUGUGCAGCGCGCAGAGCAGGAAGACAUUGACGACAUGAUCGCCCUCCACUCAAAUAUCCCCACCGAUCCCGCCGCAUUACAACAGGAGUGUGAAGCAUUGCGGCAGGAGCUAUCGCAGCGGCGCGAGCGGAGAGUCCAGCUCAUGCAUGAAUACGUACGCGCCCGAGUCGAGGCAGGUACCGAGGGUCGGAUGCAGGAGUACAAGAUGCUCCUUGCAGACGGUAUGGGUGGCCGCACGCUUAUGCUCAAUGAACCUGGAGCAGAGAACGACGAGAUCUUGAGAUUUCUUGAGCAAUUGAUGGAGGCGGAGGAGCCAAGCUCGGGUGCGCCGUCAUACCAGGCCGGACAAAUCGCGACGGGAAGAUAG